AUGCCAGCACUAGAACCUCAAUCCAAAGUUUUACUCACAGGUAUGUGUCAUAUUAUAAGCCAACUGCCUAGUCACAAGAUUGACAAAUUUAUAGGUGGUUCUGGAUUUAUAGGGGCAUGGAUCCUCAAGACACUCCUAGAAUCCAACCUGCAUGUUCGAGCAGUCGUUCGCUCUCAGCCCAAAGCCGACUUUUUACUCGAGCGCUUCCAAGAGCACCGCGACAAACUUGAAUUCACGAUCAUAGAAGAUAUUACCACACCAGACGCAUUUGAUGCAGCUUUUGAAGAUGGGACUGUACAAGGUGUGAUUCAUGCAGCGUCACCCAGACCAACCAUGAAUCCAGAGGACGACCCAGACGUGCUCAUCAAGCCUGCCGUGGAGGGAACUCUGGGUAUCCUGAAGAGUGCCGCUAAAUUCGAUACUGUGAAGCGUGUCGUAAUUACGUCCACCAUUUUUAACGCACUCGUACCUAACGAGCCAACUACAAC